CGCUGUUCGAUCUGAUGGCUAGGGGAUGCCCCCACUGGUCAAUGACACGGGAGGGGUCCUGUGGGGUCCAAGAGCUUCCACGGCAACGGCAAUGUUGGAGAUGGAUAGGUCGUGAUGAACCGGAGCCUGAAGAGCUGUUCAGCAUCAUUUAUACCCAAUCAUCACCUCAUUCCACCUCUAUAUUUUUCCCUCCUCUUUCCCGCCGGUCUCCAAGUUCACAACCUUUGAAGAAGUCAAACACCAUCAAACGCCAGGUCAACCUUACCAACCAACCAUCAACAGCUUCAAGCGGGGUCGCGGGGUCCCCUGAAUCGUGAGCUAGGUCUGGGCCCGGUCUGGCCUGUCUGUUGGCUCUUUGGCUGCCUCCUUGUACAACCCAUUCUCACCUUCUGUCAUCGUACAGACAUUGGAUUCACGCCUUUUUUCCCCUCGGUCGUUGUCUAGUGCUCCCAUUUUAUGCAUCGUCUCAAGUCAAAUAUGUCUCUCCCCGAUGGAGCUCACCAAGGAGGCGGUGGCUUAUCUGGCGCCGAGCAGAAGGUCAAGACAUUCAGUCCAGGCAUUGCGGCUCAUUUACAACGCAUCUACAGCGCACACGCCGAUACCGUGACCAAGGCCUGGCGCCAGGAAGAUGUUUCUGUCUGGCUCAGGUGCUGUCAAGGCGACGACGAAGCCGAGCUGGCUCGGGACUUCCCGCUUCACCAGGACUGGGACUAUGAGAGUUUUGUUCGGUAUAUCACUUCUUCAGCCGCCAACUCGAUUGCGCCUCCGCACUCCCAUGACCUCAGCUACCCGCUCUCGAGCUACUUCAUCAGUUCCAGCCACAACACGUAUCUGACGGGCAACCAGCUCUCCAGCGAGUCGAGCGCCGGUGCGUACAAGAACGUGCUGUUGCGCGGGUGCCGCUGCAUCGAGGUGGACGUCUGGGAUGGCUCGGAUUCCGAGUCGGAGGAUGGUGAUGACGACGAUGCCGAGUCGGUGACUUCAAGCAGUUCUAGCUCCAGCUCUGAUGCCUAUGGCAGCGGCGAGGAGGAGACGGCGAGCAAGAUGAAGAGGAAAGCCAAGAGUAAGCUGCCUAGCUUUCUCGGUGGAAGGAAGAAGUCCAAGGACAAGAAAUCUCCGCAGCCCACCACAACAAAGACGGCGGCGGCGGCGGUACCAGCGGCACCGGUAGUGGCGCCGGCAGCAACAACCAACGAGACCGCCCCGGCAGGAUUGUCAGCGGAAACGAACCCCCUAGAAAAGAGCAAGAGCGGUGGCUCUGCUUCCUUAUUCCAAACACUCAGUAGGAAGAGCACCAAGGAGCCGCGAGUCCUGCACGGGUACACGCUAACCAAAGACAUCACCUUCCGGGACGUGUGCGAAGCUAUCAAGGACUACGGCUUUGUCACAACCGACCUGCCCCUGAUCGUCAGCCUCGAGGUGCACUGCAGUGCUGAGCAACAGGAGAGGAUGGUCGACAUUAUGCGGCAGACCUGGGGGGACCUGCUGCUUCCCGAGCCGGAGGAGGAUGCCAAGUGUCUUCCCACCCCCGAAGAGCUGCGCGGCAAGAUCCUCGUCAAAGUCAAGUACGCUCCGCCUAACAACGAUGGGGGCUCGACGACCCCCGAGGACCUAGACAGCACAGUCUCCGCGGCUUCGGGGCUACCAGAAGAAGCAGGCCAACCGAAGCAGCGGGCGAAGAAGCCAUCGAAGAUCAUCUGGGCUUUGAGCAAGAUGGGCAUCUACACGCGCGGCGUCACGUUCAAGAGCCUGAUGCAGCCCGAGGCCAACAUGCCGACGCACAUCUUCUCUGUGUCGGAGGGUGGCGUGAUGGAGCUUCACAAGGAGAGUCGGAAGGCGCUGUUCGACCAUAACAAGCGCUACCUGAUGCGGGCGUACCCAUCUGGUAUGCGUAUCUUGUCGUCGAACUUGGACCCAGCCGUGUUUUGGAGAAAGGGGAUCCAGAUUGUGGCGCUGAACUGGCAGAAUUGGGAUGAGGGUAUGAUGCUGAAUGAGGGCAUGUUUGCUGGGACUGGGGGUUAUGUUCUCAAGCCUGCUGGCUACCGCUGCGGCAAACUAACCGGCGGCAACCCCUCCCCCGAAGCCUCAGACACCCAAGCCGACGCCGUCCAGCACUACACCAUGGACCUAACCAUCGACGUUCUCGCCGCCCAAUCCCUCCCCCUUCCCCCCGGUGACACCAAAAUCGACUCCUUCCGCCCUUACCUCAAAGUCGAACUGCACGUGGAAGAGCCCGGCGAGCGACACGGCACGGACGAGCUGCCGCAGGACGGCAAGGAAAAAGAGGGCGAGUACAAGGCCAAGACGAAAUCUCUUAAAGGUUACGGACGCGAUCCGGAUUGGUGGAAGGGUGGUAAAGGAACACAACAGCUCAAGUUUGAGAAUAUCCCCGGUGUGGUCCCGGAGCUAUCGUUUGUGAGGUUCUUGGUGCUGGAUGAUGAGAUUGGAAGGGAUUCGUUGGCGGCAUGGGCGUGUGUGAGGCUGGAUCGGUUGAGGGAGGGGUAUCGGUUUGUGCAUUUGUUGGAUGCGAAGGGGAUGGAGAGUGAUGGGGUUGUUUUGGUGAAGAUAAGCAAGAAGUUGAGGUUGUGA